AUGCGUGCUGCUGCUCACCACGCGGCAGCUCUGCUCCUCCUGCUCUCCUCCCUUCCUGGCUCUCAUUGCGCCUACAGCUUUGUCAAAGCCGAGGGAAAGGACAUCUGCGCCGGUGUCAUACCUGAUUGCGCAAACUUGAAGGAUUGUUCCUCUGCUGCCUACGGGCCGUGCACCGCUGCCUCCCCUGGCCCCUCAGCCUAUGUCACAGUCACCCCCGACUCAAUGGCAUGGAUCUACGAUAUCAACACCUACGCCACCAAUGCCAACCAGGUCAACAUGAUAAAUGCUCUGACGAAUGUCUCCAUCAAUGGGUUUGUUUCGAGUAAAUCAGGCGUCAAAGAGGGAACUGCAGAGUUUGCAUACAUGAUGGCCGGAGGUCUAGUUGGUAACACUGUUGAAAGCUGCGGCUUUGUUGGCGUGGUCAAUGCGAUCAUGACCAAAGGGGUUAUCAGCACCAAGACCAUUCCCGUUUCAUGGAAUGCACCAGACAACCUUCCGUCUGACCACAAAACCUUCAAAAACACUGCAGAUUACUGUAUCGCUUCUACGUCCAACGGAGCUUGUACCGGAACGAAUGUGACAUUCGUAUCCGGCGACAUCGCGUUCAUGGCUUACGGCGGAACGAUGGGUAGCAAGUACGUUGCGGAUCCUAAGGGCACGCAUCUCGGCCUCAGACUGAAGAUGACGGUGGUAGACAAGAGCCAGACUUCAGCACAGAUGACUUUCAACUCCCAAUCGAAGAAGCUGAGCGAGAUGAGUAACGUCGAGGUCAAUGACAUCUCCUUCACUCUAGGCGGCAAGCUCAUCUCCUUGGUUCUCUCGAAGGGUUUCAACUACGCCACCGCUGGAUCAGGCGAUCCUGUAUCUUUAUCGAAGUAUGGAAGCGAUACCGUGAAUAUCAGGGCCAACAAAGUAACUGGAGACGACAUGUCUGUAUACUUUGACAUCCUUUUCCCUAAGCAAUACUUUCAGACAGCUGGUCAGACGGUCCUCUACGGGUCUGCAGGCGCACCUGCCGUUGGCGCAACAUCCACAACUUCUAGCCAGUCUCGAUGGGUUGUCGGGCCUCCUACCGUGCCCAUUGCUCCCGCUCCUAGUUCCGCAGCUGGCACCCCAGCUUUUAUGGCACUCACUCUCAUGUUCAACACAACGAGUCCCAAGCACAGCGUAGGAGCAGGGGACAAGAGGAGAGGCAGGAAGCAAGAAUCUGUCCUGAAGAAUCUGUCCGAGACCCAGCGAGCAGCGAGGUAUAAUUACUUGAGGCCUGUGAAGCAGCAGGUGAAGUAUCAGCAGGCAAAGCAGCAAGCAAAACAUCAACAGUUAAAAGUCAAGCAGCAGGUGACGCACACAAAGCAGCAGCAGGUGAAGCAGCUGCAGAUCAAGCAGCAGCAGGUCAAGCAGCAGCAGGUGAGGCAGCAGCAGGUGAAGCAGCAGCAGGUCAAGCAUCGGCAGCAGAUCAAGCAGCAGCAGAUCAAGCAUCGGCAGGUCAAGCAGCAGGUGACGCACACAAAGCAGCAGCAGGUGAAGCAGCUGCAGGUGAGGCAGCAGCAGGUGAGGCAGCAGCAGGUCAAGCAGCAGCAGGUGAAGCAGCAGCAGGUGAGGCAGGAGCAGGUGAGGCAGGAGCAGGUGAGGCAGCAGCAGGUCAAGCAGCAGGUGAAGCAGCAGCAGGUGAGGCAGCAGCAGGUCAAGCAGCAGCAGGUGAGGCAGCAGGUGAGGCAGGAGCAGGUGAAGUAUCAGCAGAUGCAGCAGCAGGUGAGGCAGCAGCAGGUGAAGCAGCAGCAAGUGAAGCAGCAGCAGGUGAGGCAGCAGCAGGUCAAGCAUCGGCAGAUGCAGCAGCAGGUGAAGCAGCAGCAGGUGAGGCAGCAGCAGGUCAAGCAGCAGGUCAAGCAGCAGCAGGUCAAGCAGCAGCAGGUCAAGCAGCAGGUAAAGCAGCAGCAGGUGAGGCAGCAGCAGGUGAGGCAGCAGCAGGUGAAGCAGCAGCAAGUGAGGCAGCAGCAGGUGAGGCAGCAGCAAGUGAAGCAGCAGCAGGUCGAUCAGCAGCAGGUGAGGCAGCAGCAGGUGAGGCAGCAGCAGCAGCAGGUGAAGCAGCAGCAGUUCAACACAACGAGUCCCAAGCACAGCGUAGGAGCAGGGGACAAGAGGAGAGGCAGGAAGCAAGAAUCUGUCCUGAAGAAUCUGUCCGAGACCCAGCGAGCAGCGAGGUAUAAUUACUUGAGGCCUGUGAAGCAGCAGGUGAAGUAUCAGCAGGCAAAGCAGCAAGCAAAACAUCAACAGUUAAAAGUCAAGCAGCAGGUGACGCACACAAAGCAGCAGCAGGUGAAGCAGCUGCAGAUCAAGCAGCAGCAGGUCAAGCAGCAGCAGGUGAGGCAGCAGCAGGUGAGGCAGCAGCAAGUGAGGAUGCAGCUGGUGAGGCAGCAGCAGGUGAAGCAGCAGCAAGUGAAGCAGCAGCAGAUCAAGCAGCAGCAGGUGAGGCAGCAGCAAGUGAGGCAGCAGCAGCAGCAGGUGAGGCAGCAGCAGGUGAGGCAGCAGCAGGUGAGGCAGCAGCAGGUGAAGCAGCAGCAGGUGAGGCAGCAGCAGGUGAAGCAGCAGCAGGUGAGGCAGCAGCAGGUGAGGCAGCAGGUGAGGCAGCAGCAGGUGAGGCAGCAGCAGGUGAAGCAGCAGCAGGUGAAGCAGCAGCAGGUCAAGCAUCGGCAGAUGCAGCAGCAGGUGAGGCAGCAGCAGGUGAAGCAGCAGCAGGUGAAGCAGCAGCAGGUGAAGCAGCAGCAGGUGAAGCAGCAGCAGGUCAAGCAGCAGCAGGUGAGGCAGCAGCAGGUGAAGCAGCAGCAGGUGAAGCAGCAGCAGGUGAGGCAGCAGCAGGUAAAGCACAACAGUGAGGCAGCAGCAGGUGAGCAGCAGGUCAAGCAGCAGCAGGUCAAGCAGCAGCAGGUCAAGCAGCAGGUCAAGCAGCAGCAGGUGAAGCAGCAGCGGGUGAGGCAGCAGCAGGUGAGGCAGCAGCAGGUGAGGCAGCAGCAGGUGAGGCAGCAGCAGGUCAAGCAGCAGCAAGUGAAGCAGCAGCAGGUCAAGCAGCAGCAGGUGAGGCAGCAGCAGGUGAGGCAGCAGCAGCAGCAGGUGAGGCAGCAGCAGGUCAAGCAGCAGCAGGUGAAGCAGCAGCAGGUGAAGCGGCAGGUGAGGCAGCAGGUGAGGCAGCAGGUGAGGCAGCAGCAGGUGAGGCAGCAGCAGGUCAAGCGGCAGCAGGUGAGGCAGCAGCAGGUGAGGCAGCAGCAGGUCAAGCAGCAGCAGGUCAAGCAGCAGCAGGUCAAGCAUCGGCAGAUGCAGCAGCAGGUGAAGCAGCAGCAGGUGAAGCAGCAGCAGGUGAAGCAGCAGCAGGUCAAGCAUCGGCAGGUGAAGCAGCAGCAGGUGAGCCAGCAGUAUAUCAAGCAUCGGCAGAUGAAGCAGCAGGUCAAGCAGCAGGAGAAGGAACAACUUGGUAAAGAAGCAGCAGGUGAAGCAGCAGCAGAGCGAGAUAGCAUUGCGAUAGCUCGCGAGAUCUUUCUUAACAAAAGACUCAUAUGUUUGUGA